CCUACAGUCCACAACUUGCCUCUUCCCUCCUCCUCCCUCUUGCCUAAAAUUAAAUUACCCAAAAAAAAGAAAGAUAGAAAAAACAAAAGAAAAAUGUCUCUUGACAAUGAACAAAUUCAGUGAAUCCACCUCCUCAAAAUCAUCUCCCCCUACCAAAAAACAUCCCAAACUUUGCCGCUUCCGUGCUCUGUUAUUAUUAUUACUCUGUAGUCUGUACACUGCAAGUAGCCUCAUAAAAUUUCUAACCCACCAAAAGCGGAAACCUCCCCAUUUCCUCCUCCUCCUCCUCCAGCUGGUGGAAAAUUAAGCUCAAAACCCAAAAGGAAGAUUUCAUUAAUCCAUCCUCUUCCUCUCCCUCUUCUUAAAAGAAAGGAAUCAUCCACACAGAGAGUAAGAGAUUAAUCUUCUUUGCUGCCUUCUUCUCCUUCUGCGAACAAUACUUCACUGGCCCUCCAUUUUCCCUUCAUCAGCAGCUUCACAGGCUCUUGAUUUUCUGGGAAAACGAAAUUUCAGCUGCUGGGGGUAAUUGGAAUCGCGAGAACUCUAGAGAACUGGCGGAUGAGUCGAGGAAUUUCUGGGCAACUCAUCACGGGAUCCGAGAAUCCCGAUCGAUCUACAGAACCAUUGCGUGACCGGCAUUAUGGAGAUGAUGACAUCGAGAAACAGAGUCUCUCCUCCGCCUUCGUAUUCCUCUUCGUCCGGUUCAAUUCCGGCUCCGCACCAUCUCAGGCCGGAGGUGGAGAAGAAGAGCUUGGAGUCUCUGUUUUUGUUAAUUGGGCUUACUGCGUCUCUGCUCAUACUGCCUCUCAUCCUUCCGCCGCUGCCGCCGCCGCCGUUUCUGCUGCUUCUGAUCCCGAUAGGGAUAAUGGUUCUGCUCAUAUCUGGGUUUCCUCCGUCUCCGCCCAGCUUUUUUCCUCCGCCUCUCUUAGCUUCUCUGUUCCGGCGCCGAUCAACCUCCACACGAGCCUUCCACCGACGAUCAAGAGUACAUCGGCGCCCGAUUCCCCUCCUUUGCCGCUGGCGCUCUUCCCCGCCGAUCCCGCAGCCGCCGCGAUCCCAAUUUCCCCUUCUCUGUUCCGUCGCCGAUCAACCUCCACACGAGCCUUCCACCGACGAUCCCCAUCACCGACGAUCAAGAGUACAUCGGCCCCCUAUUCUCCUCCUCCGACGCUGGCGCUCUUCACCGCCGAUCCCGCAGCCGCCGCGAUCUUGACGCGCAUGCGGUGGUUCUCGAGGUACUGGUAA